GCGCGCGCGCGCUCUCCCACCAGCCCCGCGCGGGAGGCGGGGGGCGCGCGCGCGCUCGCUCGCGCGGCCGGCUGCGUACAGUAGUGACGGCCGCGCGGGAGCGGUCACAUGACCGGAGCGGCUGCCUGUACAGUAAGAACCCAAUAUGGCAGCGGCGGCAGCAGUGGCAACGGCAGCAGGAGGACCGGCCGCGCCGUAGCCCCCCCCCCCGCCCCGCGCGCGCCGCCCCCGCCGCUUCCUCCGCUCGGGCGCUCCUCCGGCCCGACUUCCCCUUUCUCCCACCUCUCUCCCGGCGCCGCGGGAAAAGCCGCGCAGGGCAGCGCGCAGCCGAGGGAGGGCGGCCGGAGCCCGGACACGGGAGCCUCCCAGUCCGUUCAAGACCCGACAUGAGGGAAAAGGGCCGUAGGAAGAAGGGCAGGACCUGGGCGGAGGCCGCCAAGACGGUCUUAGAAAAAUACCCCAAUACACCCAUGAGUCAUAAAGAAAUUCUUCAAGUUAUCCAGAGAGAAGGACUAAAAGAAAUCAGUGGGACUUCCCCUCUUGCGUGCCUGAAUGCAAUGCUGCACACAAACUCUCGGGGUGAAGAAGGCAUCUUCUAUAAGGUUCCAGGUAGAAUGGGAGUGUAUACCUUGAAGAAGGAUGUGCCUGAUGGGGUGAAGGAGCUUUCCGAAGGCUCAGAAGAAAGCAGUGAUGGCCAGUCAGAUUCCCAGAGUUCUGAGAACAGCAGCAGCAGCAGUGAUGGCGGCAGCAACAAGGAGGGCAAAAAGAGCAGGUGGAAGAGGAAAGUAUCGUCUAGACUGUCCCAGCCAUCCUCUCCUCAGUCAGGCUGCCCAUCACCCACCAUUCCAGCAGGUAAAGUCAUUUCUCCAUCACAGAAGCACAGCAAGAAGGCACUAAAGCAGGCUUUAAAACAGCAGCAGCAGAAGAAGCAGCAGCAGCAGCAGCAAUGCAGGCCGAGUAUGUCACUCUCCUCCAACCAGCAUCUUGCCCUCAAACCUGUCAGAGCAGCCAGCGACACUGCACCUGCCAAACCUGCAGUCUGGGAAGGAAAGCAGUGUGAUGGACAGUCGAGCAACCCUCAGAACGCCAACUCCAGCUUUUCUUCUUCCGUUAAAGUGGAGAAUCCUUUGCUGGGCCUGGGGAAGAAGUCGUUCCAGAGGUCCGACAGGCUCCACACAAGGCAGAUGAAGAGAACAAAGUGUGCGGAUAUCGAUGUGGAGACCCCUGACUCCAUUCUGGUGAAUACAAAUCUUCGCGCGCUGAUCAACAAACACACGUUCUCGGGCCUCCCUGGAGACUGUCAGCAGCGGCUGCUUCUGCUCCUCCCAGAGGUAGACCGGCAGGUUGGGCCAGAUGGUCUGAUGAAGUUAAAUGGUUCUGCCCUCAACAAUGAGUUCUUCACGUCAGCAGCCCAGGGCUGGAAGGAAAGGCUCUCAGAAGGUGAGUUCACACCUGAGAUGCAGGUGAGAAUUCGACAAGAGAUUGAGAAGGAGAAAAAAGUGGAGCCAUGGAAAGAACAAUUCUUUGAAAGCUACUAUGGCCAGAGUUCGGGCCUGAGCCUUGAGGAGUCCGAGAAAUUGACAGCUUCUCCCAGUGAUCCCAAAGUCAAGCAGAGUCCAGCUGAGCCUCUGAAACCGCUGCUUCCUCCAGAGGCCCCGCCGGGCAGUGUAGUCCCGGUAACCCCCCAGUUCCAGGCUAAAGAAGAAUUUGUGCAGAUGCCAUCACCGUUCACAAAAGAAGAGCCCGAAAGCCCAGUGAAGGGGCAGCCAAGCGUGUCCCCGUGCCCAGAACCCCUGCCUCUCCCCGCUAGCAAUACAAAGGAGCUGACCGUUCUUCCCGUCAAGUGCCCAAAGGAUGAGCAACUCUUGGAGCAGAAGCCAGUUGCCUCUGCUGAACAGGAGACUGAAAAGGAGAAUCUUCUCACCAGAACCUCUGGUGGUGACAAAAAUGAGAGCCAAGAAGCUUUAGUGACACCUCCAGAGGAACCCAAGAGUCCGGGAACAGAAAAAGCAGCCCUCAAGACCAGUGGAGAAACAGUUCCCCUGGAAGCCGCCAUGAAAGAGCCUGCCCCAGUUCCCGCUGAGCACAGCCCCGAAAGCCUCAAGCGGAAGUCCUCUCUCUCCCAAGAAGAGGUUCCUGUGGGGUGGGAGAAGAGACCCCGCGUCGCCGAGAAUCCUGUCGUCGAGAAUCGCCAGCAGCCGCCGCCAUUUCCAAUCUUGCCGCAGCCCUUUCUUCCCAGAGGGGACAAGGUCCAGGUGCGAAAAGUACCACCUCUCAAGAUCCCGUUCUCCAAGAUCUCCCCCCUGCCGUUUCCUGCAUCGCAGGUCUCUCCCAGGGCUCGUUUUCCAAUCGCCAUCACUAGUCCUAACAGAACCGGAGCCAGAACCCUUGCCGACAUCAAAGCAAAAGCCCAGCUGGUCAAAGCACAGAGGGCUGCAGCCGCCGCCGCCGCCGCUGCUGCCGCCGCCGCCUCUGUUGGAGGGACCAUCCCUGGACCUGGCCCCGGGGGCGGAGCAGGCCCCGGGGAUGGCGGGCAGAGACUGGCCGCUGGAGGAGGGAGCCUGGACACCGCCAGGGUCGGGGCAGCUGGACCGGGUGCCGCCCUGGAACUGGCAGGAGCUGGAAGCCGGGGAGGUACGAGAGAGCUUCUACCCGGUGGCCCCCAGUCCCAACCCCCAUCCCAGACCCAGUCCCCAGUCCUGGCACCGCCUCCUCGUGGCCUUGGAGCACAACUACAGCAAACCCCCUCAGUGCCUCCUGCCCCUGCCAGCGGGGGAGCCGCCGCCAGUGGCCCCUCUCCGGCCCACACGCACACCCCCCCUUCAGCAGGGCCCGGGAACAAUGACAAACUGAGUCCAGCCCAGGCCGCAGCCCUCGAGGCCCCGCUCAGCCACCCCGCAGGCCCUGGGAACUGCUGGCAGGAGAAAGCGCCUUCCCCGAGCACUCCCGCCCUGCCCCCUCAGUGCGCUGCGGAGGCAGCUAGUCAGAAUGUCCCCACCCCUUGGGCCUCAGCAGACACAAGUGCCAGUGCUUCGGUGGUGCCGGCCCCCUCCCCUGUGGCGUCUUCACUAACUGCAGCCACUUUAGAAAAGCUUCCGGGGCCACAGGGCAAUGCCACACCGGCGCCUACUGCUGCCGCGCCAGCCUCAAGCACUUUGCCAGCAGCUUCCAGCCUUAAAACUCCAGGAGCCACUUCCCACCCCAAUGGACCCGCGUCCAGGCCAAGCUCCAGUAUCCCUGCCAACAACCCUUUGGUCACGCAGCUGCUCCAGGGCAAAGAUGUUCCCCUGGAGCAGAUCCUGCCGAAACCACUCACCAAAGUCGAAAUGAAAACUGUUCCACUGACCCCAAAAGAGGAGAGGGGGCUGGGCGCGCCCACAGGCCCCCGCGGCACGGAGAGCAGCGCCAGGGAGGAGGGGCAGGAGAGGCCGGUCCAGCAGCCGGGUCACACCGUGCAGAGUCAGCAGCUUCCCCAGAUGCCCAGGCCCCUGCAGGUCUUCUCAGGUAAGGAUCUUAGGGACCCCGGCAUUGACUCGCCCCAGUACCAAGAAGGACUGAACAAAACCACCCACGACCAGAUGCUCCAGACACUCAUCCAGAGGGUUCGGAGGCAGAAUGUUCUCCCCUUGGCCCAGCCCUCCCAGUUCAACUUCCCCCACUCAGGUUUCCAGCCCGAAGACAUCUCCACCAGCCAGAGGUUCAUGCUGGGCUUCGCUGGCAGAAGGACCUCCAGGCCUGCAAUGGCAGGUCACUACUUACUCAACAUCUCCACCUACGGCCGGGGCCCCGAGAGCUUCCGGAGGACCCAGUCCAUCACCUCCGAAGAGCGUUUCUGUCUCAGCAGCCCCAGCGAGCAUCUGAAAAUGGGCUCGACGGACGGUAAACAGACAGCGGGAGACAGCGGCAGCAACCGAGACGAGGACACCGAUGACGGCAGCGCUGGUGAGGACCCGGGCACAGAGGAACUCCCAACCGCCCAGAGCGCUGGCCAUUGCGAGGCCAGCUCAGGACCCCUCAGCCGAAUCCCCCUUGCCGCCCAUGAUGGCCUAGCUAGGAAGACUGUGAAGGCGGAGACCCCAGGGCCCGAGCAAGCCCCUUUAAGCAAGGAGAGUUACCUGUUUCCCAGAGACCCCGCGGUGGAUGGGAAAACGCUGGCCCGAGAUUUUAUCCAGGCGGCCCAGAAGCAGAUCGCCCAGGCCGCGAGGGCCAGGCCAGCGCUGGGCAGCCCUGACCUCUUCGGCGCUGCCCAGCCGCUCCCCGCUGACAGCCCCACCCAGCAGCCCCUCCUGCUCCCGCCCCUGCGGACCCCGCAGCUCUAUGGAAGCCCCACCCAGCUCGGGCCCGGCUACCGGGGCCUGAUUAAUGUGUCCACCUCAUCGGACCUGGAUCAGAGCUCAGCCGUGGCGGCAGGGCUGCCCGACAGUAGCCAGGUGGCCAGCAACGUGGGUGAUGUCAUGUCCUUCUCUGUGACUGUCACCACCAUCCCGGCGGGCCCAGCUCUGAACCCCAGCAGCCACGGCCAGCCCCUCCCCGUGCAGGCCUUCGCCGAGGAGAACAGCAUCGAGGACUCCCCCGCGAAGUGCUACUGCCGCCUCAAAGCCAUGAUCAUGUGUAAGGGCUGCGGGGCCUUCUGCCACGACGACUGCAUCGGGCCCUCCAAGCUCUGCGUCUCCUGCCUGGUGGUUCGGUAACACGCCGGGGAGAGGCAGUGAGGCAGGGGCAGGGGAUGGGUUUGGGGAAACGACAGAAAUAAACCUGGAGGUCACUCUUCUCAUAAGAGACAGGUGUCACUUCAUUGGGAUCAGUGCGUGGGCUCUCUCGGAGGGGCAGAGCGCCUCGUAGAGUUAAAUCUGAGUCAGCAAGACGGGGUAGAUUUGUGACAAGUUUGCACUUACAAAAUCAUGUAAAUAGGUCACAUCUUGUUCUAACCUUCUUUCUCCGAGUGUUUAGGUUAAUAAUGUGCUACGUUGAGUUCAGAUUUCUGUUCCCCUUCGUGCAACUCUU